AUGGCUCAUCCUCAAUUUUCCAUUACGCCCGAGAAAGAGGCCAGCACGUCGCAGUGGCUGUAUCGUCAGCUGCUUGCUAAGACGCCACCCAUAGCCAAAGACGUGACUCUCGCUGGGAAGACAGCCAUUGUCACGGGCUCCAACGUUGGACUUGGCCUUGAGACAGCUCGCCAACUGUUCCGCCUGGGCCUGUCCAAGCUCAUUCUUGCUGUGCGCUCCGAGUCAAAGGGCCAGGCCGCUCGUGAGGAGAUACUUGCCGAUAAAGACGCCGGAUCGGGCGAGAUUGAAGUCUGGAGUUUGGACUUGGAUUCAUAUGAUUCUAUCGUCCAGUUUGCGGAUAGAGCAAAGGCGCUGGAUCGUUUAGACAUUGCAAUCCUGAAUGCAGGUCUAUUCCAGGCUAAAGAGGCCUUUUCAUCUACUGGCUACGAAAAAUGUGUCCAAAUCAACUAUCUCUCCACCGUCCUUCUAAUGACACUGCUUUUGAGCGCCCUCAAAGCAAAACCUGGAGGCUCUCCUGGCCGCUUGGUUCUUGUCUCGUCCGAUACGGCAGCUCGGGCCCGGUUCAAGGAAAGCAAAUCGCCACCAAUUUUGGCUACCUUCAAGCAGAAGGCUGACAAGUGGGAUAUGCAAGAGCGCUAUGGCACAAGCAAACUUCUUGGUCAAUUCUAUCUGACUGAAUUGGCCAAGAAGGUACCAGCAUCUGUUGUAACCAUAGAUUCUGUCAAUCCAAGCUUCUGCUAUGGAACCGACCUGACGCGAGAUGGAGAUGGCACUCUUGCGGGUUUACUCGUGAAUGGCUUCAGGCGUAUAGUUGGGAAACCGCCUGCUGUCGGAGCUCUCUCACUCGUUCAUGCAGCCGUCAGUUUUGGUGAAGAAGUUCAUGGACAGUUCACAGAGGACGGAGAAAUACGGCCUAUGGCUCCGAUGAUAUACAGGCCUGAAGCAGAGGAGAUUGGCAAGCAGCUAUGGGACGAGACAAUGGCUGAACUAUCAUUUGCCCGCGUGCAAGAGACUAUUGAAGAGGUGAUAAAUUAG